AUUUGAGAUAUUUCCUUUUUUGGUUGUCGUUUAUUGAGUUAGUGUAUAUCAUAUCACCUAUUGUCCUACUCAAUGGAUAAGAAAAGGAACUCCUUUCUGUUGAUUUCUCUAAGUUGAAGAGAACAGUGGAUUCUUUUAUGUUCUAUUACGAGUCUAUAUGUGCACUAUAUGUGUAUGGGAGCCAAAAAACCCAUCAAUGAUGUUAGAGAUGAUCGGCUCAGCAGAAGUCAUUUUAACUGUUUCUAAGAACUGAAAAACAGCAUUACACAACCCAUUUUUUUCUCCUGCUGCUUUCAGUUUAAUCGAGAAAUGUCAACAUCACCGGCUAUCGUCAGCUAUACAUUUGAUUAUUGUUCUCUAACGUGAAUAUUUGAUUCAAAAUAGCUCUCUUAUGGCCUUAGGUAGGGCUUGAAGGCAGUGCCAAUGGGCAGUGGUGGAUAGGCAGUAUUGGCAAAACACUUGAUGAGGGGAUAUCCUUCCACUGAGUUGGUUCAAGGCAGUGGCAAGACUACUUAUUGCUGCAUGGGCAACGAAUGACCUUAGGCCACAUGUUGGUGAUGUUGAUGCUGCUGCAGUGCCAUGUGGCUUGGGGCGCGCUAUUGGCAACAAGCAUUACAUGAACUUGAUCCGGUGUUCAAAAAGUUUUCUUUCUCAGAGAGUGUUGCAAGCUUGUUCUCUUCUUUAGGCUACAAGAGGCCUGCAGUCAUUCAAUCUAUGUACAUAUUUAAGCAACCAGGUAUUGGUGGUGAGGUCGUGCCGCACCAGGAUAAUACAUUCCUUUACACGGAACCUCGUACAUGCACAGGGCUGUGGCUUGCACUUGAAGAUGCAACAAUCAACAAUGGUUGCCUGUGGGCAAUUCCAGGAUCACAUAAAAAGGGUUUGGUGAGACGUAUGGUCAGAGAUGAAAAUGGUACACAUUUUGAUCGGCCCUCCCCAGUCUAUGAUCAGAAAGAAUUUGUACCGCUGGAAGUAAAAUCUGGUGCUUUGGUGGUUAUACAUGGAGAUCUUAUACAUCAGAGUUUUGAGAACCUUUCUCCAGCGUCAAGACAUGCAUUCAGCUUACAUGUAGUGGAUACUGAAGGAUGUAAAUGGUCCGAAGACAACUGGUUAGUUCAUAACCAUAUUCAUAAUGGUAUUAUUGAAGAAUUCUUUAUUUAUAAUACUAUUUUGAUUUUCCAUUGUCCGUAGAAGGUCUUGGCAUAAUUGACUAUCAGUAUUAUUUGAGUUUAAAUGCUUAUAAAUUCUGUAUUCGAUCUUGAAUGGGAUGUGGCU